AACAGGAUGAGCUCCCAGGCGCUCUGGACUGUGUGGGCACAGUUUCUCCUGCUGUGGCUGCUGCUGCCUGUUCCUUGGGUGGAGGCCAGAAGGUCCAGAGUCUCGAUGCCCUGUCCUGAGACCUGCGAUGUCACACGUUGCCCGCCCCUGCCCACCUGCUCGACUGGCACCGCGCCGGUGCCCGACCGCUGCGGCUGCUGCCGUGUGUGCGCUGCGGGAGAGGGUCAGGAGUGUGGCGGGACCCGGGGCCGGCCGUGCGUCUCGGGGCUGCGCUGCGGUGCCCCGUUUUCCAGGGAGCCUAUCGGGGGCUCAUGGCUGGGCACCUGCGGCUGCGUGGAGGGCGUGGAGGGCGCGGAGGUGUGCGGCAGCGAUGGGCGCACCUACCCCAGCUUGUGCGCGCUGCGUAAGGAGAACAGAGCCGCGCGACUACGGGGCUCGCCCCCGGCAGUGCCCGUGCAGAAAGGAGGCUGCGGGGACUCAGGGACCAGGAGUGCAGGGCGGCUCAGGAGGAAGUUUAACUUUAUCGCAGCGGUGGUGGAGAAAGUGGCGCCAUCUGUGGUUCACUUGCAGUUAUUCCGCAGGUCACCUCUCACCAACCAGGAAAUCCCUGCCUCCAGUGGCUCUGGGUUCAUAGUGUCUGAGGAUGGACUCAUCGUCACCAAUGCUCACGUCCUCACCAACCAUCAGAAGAUCCAGGUAGAACUCCAGAGUGGGGCCCGCUAUGAAGCCACUGUCAAAGACAUAGACCAUAAGCUGGACCUCGCACUGAUUAAGAUUGAGCCGAAAACUGACCUUCCUGUGUUGCUGCUGGGGAGAUCAUCUGAUCUCCGGGCUGGAGAGUUCGUGGUGGCUUUGGGCAGCCCGUUUUCUCUGCAGGACACGGUGACUGCCGGGAUUGUCAGCACCACACAGAGAGGUGGCAAAGAGCUGGGACUGAAGGAUUCAGACAUAGACUAUAUUCAGACAGAUGCCAUCAUCAACCACGGGAAUUCCGGGGGCCCACUGGUGAACUUGGAUGGCGAUGUGAUUGGUAUAAACACCCUGAAGGUGACGGCAGGAAUCUCCUUUGCGAUUCCCUCGGAUCGGAUCAGACAGUUCCUGGCAGACUAUCACGAGCGCCAGUUGAAAGGAAAGGCCCCUUCACAGAAGAGAUACCUGGGUCUUCGAAUGUUGCCCCUCACUCUGAACCUCCUACAAGAAAUGAAGAGGCAAGAUCCGGAUUUCCCUGAUGUGAGCUCUGGAGUUUUUGUCUAUGAAGUGAUUCAAGGAACGGCUGCUGCAAGCUCGGGGUUGAGAGACCAUGACAUAAUUGUCAGCAUAAAUGGGCAACCUGUCACCACCACAACUGAUGUCAUCGAAGCUGUUAAGGACAAUGACUUUCUCUCCAUCACUGUGCGCCGAGGAAGUCAGACCUUGUUUCUGACAGUCACACCUGAAAUAAUCAAUUAAGUACCUUACUCCGAAAAACCGGCUAGCAAAAUCAGUUAUAGUACAUGGCUGAGAGGCCACUGCUACCAAAGUCUUCUCUGGAAUGCUUUAUCCUCACACAAAAACAUUACUGUCAGACCCCAGCCACUUCCUAAGGGCGGGGCUAACCGCCUGUCAUCACCUGCA